AUGGUCAGCUUUUCCUGUGAAAACUGUGGGGAUGUCCUCACCAAGAAGAAGUUGGACGGGCACCGUAACCAAUGCUAUGGCGCAUCGUACACUUGCUUGGACUGCAUGGUGCACUUCCCAGGAAUGAGCUACAAGUCCCACACGGCCUGCAUCACCGAAGACCAGAAGUACCAGGGCAAGCUCUACAAAGAGAAGAAGCCAAAGGGCCAACAACAACAAAACAACCAACAACAAUACUUGCAAGACCUUACUCCUCGAAACGCAUACGUCGAAGAUGCGUCCGAAGCCUACAAUGCCAUCGCCGUUGUCGAUGCCCCUCCUCGCGCACCUACCCCACCACCCGCGCCGCAUUCUCUGGGAUACAAUGCACGAGCCGCACUCCCGGACGUAAAUGUCUUUGACUUCCUUGAUCUCUCCAAAACUCCUCGUGCUUCGAGAACACCAUUGCCCGUGGAGAAGUCGCGCAUGAUCGAGGACAGUCAGCCCCCCACUUAUGGAAACGAGGCAAGAAACAUGGGUGCAGAUGUCUUGAAGUUCCAAGUGUCUGAUAACCAAGACUUUGUUAAGAAUGGGUUUGCAUAUGGGGAAGAAGCAGUUCGUCCAUCCAACGAGCGUUACGACUCCUACGCGACUCCGGCUCCCAAAUCCAAGCAAUCUAAGUCCAAGUCCAAGGACGUCGAGACAUCGACUAAGAAGUCGGAUCGGAAGCGUAAGCGCAGCUCUCCUUCUCAGAUCGACAUGGCACUAGUCCGUGCCCAACAGGAGAGGGAUGUUAUGAUGGCCGACAUCCCUGCCGAGCUCCACUCGGGUCUCACUGGUGGACUCAGCAAGCUGCUUGCUCAACCCGAGUUCCUACCGUCGCCCGAAGACUCAGGAGACUAUGCCAACUCUCCGCUAAGUCCCAUGAAGCGCGUCAAACAAGGAAAUUCGAAAGCGCUUAUGCGCGCACAAAAGGAGUGGGAGGCACAGCAGCAGAAGGUGCGCAAAGUCGACACCAAGGCCGACACCAAGGAAGAGAAAACACGUGAGAAGAAAGACAAGAAGGAGAAGGACAGGGGCCGUGAACGUGAACGUGACCGUAAAGAGCACAAGUCUAGCACGACCCUGGUGAAGAUCAGGUCCAAGAAGAAGCGUGACGACUCCAGUAAGGAGGAAGUUCGCCGCGUGCGUCGUCGCCAGUACUCGUCAUCUGUUUCACCAGCACCGCAAGAGCGCAAAGCUAUCGAGUACCCGAGAUCUGCCUCUAGUUCCCCAGCUCCAGACGACAAGGGCCAGCUCAUUGUCCGCCCCAAUGGAGCCCUUACCCCUGUUAUGACAGACCCGCGUGCCGAGCUAUUCCUAUCCUUCAUCACCAAAGGCCCAGAUUCGGAGCGUGGCAUGAGCAUCAACAAAGCACUGAAGCGCUACCACCGCGAAUGCCACGAGCACCUGAACAGCGAGCCGACCAAGCCCGAAGAAGAGAAGGAGCUCUGGAAGAACAUCCGCCUGAGGAAGAACGAGAGGGGCGAGGUCGUGCUCUUCUUUGCUCCGCCUGAGACCUCGUGA